UAUAGUUAACCAUUAACAUCACACAACUUCAACCCUGAAAGACAGCAGAAGAGGACUUCAUCUCAGCGAUACAAACACACAAACACAGACAGUGAAGUGGUGAAAAUGAGUGACAUAGAUGACGAAAGUGAAAUAUUCUUCUCAAUUAAAUUUUUGGGUCGUAUCCAGGUGGUCCGUCCCGGUGGGAUGCAGACUCUGAAAGAUGCAGUCGAAGCCCUGCAGGAUCCUAGCAUGGAUAUGGCAGAGAAAAUGAAGAAAACUAAAGUACAUUUGUUUCUGACCAGAACUGCCAUUGACAUUCUAGAGCAUAAAACCAAGUUCAUGCUGUACUCCUGCGCUCUGCCCUCGGUUUCAUUCUGUGCAGUCCAUCCGUCUCAGCCCAAAAUCCUGGGCUUCAUAGCCAAACACCCAGCGGCAGACAUGCACCACUGCUACAUCUUCCAGAGCAAGAAGUUUUCCCAUCUUCUUGUGUCCAUCAUUGGCGACUCUUUCCGCUCUUAUAAGCAGAAUGAAGGUCUACAUGGUGAUCGAGACCUGGUGGUGGAGGCCCUGAGACACAAGAAUAAGGUACUGGAGCGAGAGAAUGCGGAGCUGAAGAGAAGACUGCAGGCCAAUGGAGAAAUAUUUAUCUUGCAGGACGCUGGUGGAGUCCAGAACAUUUAUGAGAAUGAGUCGGAUAUUGAUAAGACUUCAUCUCGAUCAGGACAGGUGAGAUUCUUUUCAGAAGAUGACAAAACUCCUUUGCAGAGGAAUUUCUGAGUGGAAACGUAAAUGCUCCAGAAACGACACGUCCAGCAGAUGCCACUGUUUAACACUUCAAAACUAACUAUUAUUUACAGGAACAUCAAGACAACAUAAUUAAAAAAAGAUUAGCCUAUAUUUAAGAUGAAUCUGUGAACAUAUGGUUAACAAAUAAACAAUUGUGAAUUUAGUUUUGUUGGUAUAAGGCAUUUGUUCCCAACUGAAGUACAUCAUGUUUUAUCCUGCUGACAGCCUUUUGGUGCAUGACAUGUAACCUACAGUAUCAUAUACAUACAAAACUAUUAAAAUAAUCAAUACUGA